AUGCAGUUCUCUGACGCCAGCGUCCGUAAAGAACCUCCAAGGCAUGUCAUAGGGAAUGAAGUUGCAGAAAACGUUCUGACCUCUGCAGAAAUUGGAGCAUGGGCACAUGUCAACACGGCGCGAGUGCAGCCAUACCAGGAGAUGCAGGUAUGGGAUGGCGUCACUGAUGCGCGUAUCUCCUUCGACUGGGGCACGGCACGAUCUAUCGGACCUCGAAACCCCGCACAGCCCACGACAAUUGCAUACAUGAUUGAGAAUAUCAACACUACGAGCAUGCUCCUGAGCCGCCUCGAGGAGCUUGGUGGGGUGGACAUGAUGACGAACACUAAGGUCAGCUCGAUUGAGCUAGGCACGGACACGGACAAGAUGGACCUAUCAUCAUGGCCAAUACUGUCGCUAUCAAAUGGCAAGACACUGGCUGCAAGGUUGCUAGUCGGUGCAGACGGUGCAAACAGCCCGGUGCGCACGUUUGCGGGCAUCGAGGCGCGAGGCUUCGACUACAACCGGCACGGCGUGGUGGCGAGUCUCGCGCUGGAGGGGCCCGGCUGGGGUGGGCCACAACACAAGAUUGCCUACCAGCGCUUCCUGCCCACGGGGCCCAUUGCCAUGCUGCCACUACCGGGAAAUUUUUCGACGCUGGUAUGGAGCACUACACCAGAGCGAGCAGCACGGCUCAAGGCACUUUCGCAGAAAGACUUUGUGGCCAUGGUGAAUGCUGGCUUCCGGCUAUCGACUACAGAUCUCGAGUACUUGCACACGUUGGACGCGGGGCAGGAGGAAGAGGUCGCAUGGCGCGAAAAGCAUACUCCUGUGGAUGGACGGGCGGUACCGAUGCGAGUGACAAACGUCCAAGCCGGCACGGUCGCUUCAUUUCCGCUGCGAAUGCGGCACGCCGACACGUAUACUGGCGAGCGAGUCGCACUCGUUGGCGAUGCAGCACAUACUAUACAUCCCUUGGCAGGUCAGGGCUUGAACCAAGGACAAGGCGACGCAGCGGCGCUUGUGCGGACAAUUUCGCAUGCAGUGCAGACUGGGCAAGACAUAGGAUCGACAUUGGCGCUGGAAAGCUACAACAGUGAGCGGUAUGCCGAGAACAAUGCCAUGCUUGGCGUGUGCGACAAGCUGCACCGACUAUAUAGCGUAGAAUCUGGCCCGAUUGUAGGACUACGCUCUCUCGGACUGAGGGCUGUAGACGCUAUGGGCCCGCUCAAGGGAUUCUUCAUGAGCAGAGCAGCGGGUGGGUCGUGA